AUGUGGUGUCCGCCACGCCGGCGGCCGCGGCGGCGUGAGGAGGCCCCGCCCCUGGAGGGCGGUAGUACUGGGGCUGCGCAUGCGCGUGGUGGUGCGGUCGGAAUGAGCGGCCUCGGGAGGCUCUUCGGGAGAGAAUUAGGGUCCCCCGCCCCCGAUCGUCACCGUGACCGCCCCCCAACCCCGUCGGUCACCCAACGGCCGUCCCUUCCCGCCGCCGCAGGGAAGACGGAGCGGGGUCCGUCCCCGGAGGAGGCCAUCGGGAAGCUGCGGGAAACGGAGGAGAUUCUGCUGAAGAAGCAGGAGUUCCUGGAACAGAAGAUCCGGCGGGAGCUGCUGACGGCCAAGAAACAUGGGACCGAGAACGAGCGAGGUCGGGGGCCGCCCUGCGUCCGGAAGAAGCGUCCGGAGCAGCAGCUGGUCCGGACGGACGGGAGCUUGUCCACCCUGGAGUUCCAGCGCGAGGCCAUCGAGAGCGCCGCCACCAAUAAGCGCUUGGGAAGUACAAAUUGGCAACAUAUAGAGACAGUCCCUACCCAACAGUGGGCUCACAGUCGAAAAGCGGAGGUGCUGCACGCCCCGGGCCAGGCCGCCCACGCCUCGAGCGGAGCCCACCCGGACAUGGACAUGGACAAGGUGGACGAGCUGCUGGCCGACAUCACGGAGCAGCAGGACGUGGCGCGGCAGAUUUCGGACGCCAUCUCCCGCCCCGUGGGCUUUGGGGACGACGUGGAUGAAGAUGAGUUACUGGAAGAGCUGGAGCAGGAGGACCUGACCCCGGAGCUGCUCCGUGUGCGCGAUGAGAAGACGGAGGAGAGAGAGGAGGGACUCGACUUGCCCAGCGUGCCUUCGACCCACCUCCCCUCGGGCCCAGCUCCCAAAGAGGAUGAGGAAGAAGAGCUGAAGCAGCUCGCCGAGUGGAUGUCCUGACGGGAGGUGGGCCUUCCCUCCUUCCCUCUUUCCCCCAAUUCCCCGUGAAGCGCCAAGUACUGAACUGCAGGGACUGAGCUAAGGCUGGGCCGACCCCCACUCAGCUGUUGCAGGGCCCCGGGCCUCAAUAAAGCCGGCCAGGUGGAAAUCCCCGCCGUCCCCGUUUUCUUUCCGAGCUGCGGGGCGAUUUGGGCCGGGGGGGGCCCGUCGCGGAAUCAGUGGAAUCAGUUUUAUUUGUGGUAGAAAAGGCUCGGCGCGUCGGCACCCCCUACCCCGUCCCCCCAUCCCAUCCCAUCCCAUCCCAUCCCAUCCCACCUUCCCGCCCCUCAGCUGCCUUUUCCAGGGCUCCCGCCGGCGGGGGAGGUUUC